CCAUCAAACCGUCACAAUGGUCAAGGCCGUCGCUGUUCUCCGGGGUGACUCCAAGAUCACCGGCACUGUCACCUUCGAGCAGACCUCUGAGAGCGCCCCUACCACCAUCUCCUGGGACAUCAAGGGCCACGAUGCCAACGCCGAGCGUGCCUUCCACGUCCACCAGUUCGGUGACAACACCAACGGCUGCACCUCUGCCGGUCCUCACUUCAACCCCUUUGGCAAGACCCACGGUGCUCCCACCGACGAGGAGCGUCACGUCGGUGAUCUGGGCAACUUCAAGACCGAUGCCGAGGGCAACGCCGUCGGUUCCACGCAGGACAAGCUGAUCAAGCUGAUCGGUGCCGAGAGCGUUCUGGGCCGCACCCUCGUCGUUCACUCUGGUACUGACGACCUCGGCCGUGGUGGCCAUGAGGAUUCCAAGAAGACUGGAAACGCCGGUGCUCGCCCUGCCUGCGGUGUCAUUGGUAUUGCCGCAUAAAUUAACGACAGUCUGAUAGUCUGAUUGAAUGAAUUAAUAUCCCUAUCAUA